CAAUAAUCAUGGCGGACGCCGAAGCUACAAAACGUCUAUCAUCUAAGAAACAAACCUUAGACGAUGCGUAUGCGGCACCGGCGAAUUUUUUAGAAAUAGACAUUUGCAACCCACAAACGCAUGGUAUCGGUAGGACGAGAUAUUCAGACUACGAAGUGCGCAUGAAGACAAAUCUGCCUGUGUUCAAACUAAAGGAAUCUUGUAUAAGACGACGAUACAGUGACUUUGAAUGGCUCAGAAAUGAACUAGAACGAGAUAGCAAGAUUGUAGUUCCACCAUUGCCUGGCAAAGCAUGGAAAAGGCAGCUUCCAUUUCGACAUGAUGAGGGAAUUUUUGAGGAUGAGUUCAUCGAGGAACGAAAGAAGGGUCUCGAGGUUUUUAUUAACAAGAUUGCUGGUCAUCCCCUCGCUCAGAAUGAGCGCUGCUUGCACAUGUUCCUGCAGGAUGCCGUCAUAGACAAGAACUAUGUUCCAGGCAAGGUGAGAAGCGUGUGACACUCCGGCCGGCGGCAGCGGCGGCGGCGAGUCUGCCACGCGGGGUUGUAGUGCGCACGUGAAACAAGUGACCGGGCGUCGGCGCAACGGUUUCCGAGCGAUGGGGGCAACGUUUGUAUUCGUUGCUGUCCCCCAUUCUGCGCGGGCUGCCCACCACAGAAAACGCCACCUGUGUUCCCGUUCUAUCUGGCUGGCACCGUGGUGGCGCCCCCUGCUGCACGCGGCGGAAUGCAAGAAUAACGAUUGCGGCGCGUACGGCGCUGCUCCGCUGCCUGACGAGGGGGUGCCCCCUGGUGGCAUCACAUUAAAUCAAUGGGCGGCAGAUGUGCAUUCUGCCCCUGCCUAUCAUUGUAACCUAGGUGACACUCAUGGUGUGUGGCCGUGACUACCUUCAGUGUCUCCGUCGUCCUAGUGCUCGUUCUAUUGUUAGAAAAGCGUCUGUUCUCUCCAUGAUGAUUACCGGCGCCACCUGGUGAGAGCUGCAGUUAUUUACGUAGCGCAGCAUGGCGUGUGCGCUGCAGCGUGGUGUUAACUGUGUGUGUGCGCGCCCAUGUCACUAUUUUGUGUCUGAGGAUACACUUAAUCAGCGUCACGGUCUCUGUUUCGUCGUCCUAUUGAAGGACAACGCAGUAUUAAUGUUAGCAAUCACCGUGUAAUGUAUUAAUUGGCAACUAGUUUCGUUUUGGGGAAGCUGUUGUGUAGCAUAUUAAUUUCGAGCAGGCGGACAUCUUCGUUGCCUCGAUCCUCAGUUUACACUUCAACCAGGAGUUUGAGUUGCCUGUUAGCUUAUUACAUUUUUGCCAUCCAGACUAGAUUAUUUCGUCGAUGUACAGCAGUUUCGGUAUACUCUAGCCAGUUAGGAUUUGUUAUGUAUGUAAGCUAUAAAUCUGGGGCAUUACACCUGAAGCGGAUAGUAGAAGUUAUAUUAUCUGCAGCUGGUCAUGCUACGAGCGGGGAGUUAUUGAGACUAGUAUAGUCUAUUAACUUAGCCGUACGAAUAGCGCAGCAGGUGUUACUGGCAGAUUUAGAUAUCUGGCAUUUUUUCUUGUGCUCCCAAAACCUGUCUGUGAGGCGCUAUCCAACACCUAACCAUGGAUGCAAACAAUUUGCCGCUAUGACCCGUAACCUUUGUCGCUGUGAUUUCGUCGCUUUUACGUUUUAGCGAAGGUUGGUUUGAUUUUUCAGCACACCGACUGAAUCCAUGCAUAGAACUUGAAUAAGUUGCAGCUAAUCGGCAUUGCAAGUACAGUUGUCUGGGAUAGCAGGAUGACGUGUAACAUUCAUGUGCUCGAAAGCAGUGAAACUGUGGCAUUUUUUUUCUAAAAAAUGAAAAAAGUUUAUUUGGACUCGUUGAAGUAGCACAUGCCUUUCUAUAAUAGCCAAUAGUUCAAUUCUUGGAAAUAAGUUAGGAAAACCCCAGCCUGUCUUGAUAUUGAAAGUGUUCAUUUCUACUAUAUAACCUCUAGUAAAAUCCAUGAAAAUAAAGUCUAGUAAACCCCUACUCAAAGGUUGGCUGUCCCGGACCCAGGGGACAAUCUGUCCUAAACAUUAUGGCGAGCUGCAUCUUAACACAAAAGAUAAGAUCUGAAGAGCAAAUCAAGGCGGUUGUUGUACACUUGUUAAAUUGGUGUUUUUCGAUUAAACUAUCGAUGGAUUGACGGUAAGUCGCGCCCACACGCGCACAUACACAUACUGAAUAUUUGUUAUUGUGGGUGUGCAGUAUUCCUAUCGCGUGUGGAAAUGGUAUAUUUGGAUUGCGAUUCCCAAUUUGGUCUCUUAACAUCGCUUAGUAUUAUGAAGUAAGACAAAACCAAUGCUGUGUGUGAAAAUUGUUUUGGCGAUCAAACAGAAGCUAGAUCGUUGUUGGUUUAGGCUAAAUGCUAUUCUUAUAUACAUAUAUAGACAUAUAGACAUUUAUAUAUAUACACACACAUAUAUAUAUAUAUAUAUAAUUUGGUCUGUGUUUUUUAUGGAAUGUCACGGGAAGAUGAAUGUGAUUAAAAUGCUACUGUUAUAUAUAUAUUAGGAAUUGCAUCACAGCUAUCAGCUGUGUUUAUUGUGUGUAAAAAGUUUUCUAUGGCAAAGCUUUCUAUUGACCGGCACCUUUCCCGGUGUCUAGCGGACAAAUCAUUGUUAACUACCCGUGUUAGGUACCGUUACGGUGGUGCGUGUGCUACCAAUCACCUACAGUAUAAACUGAUUUUGAAUCCAAUCGCCAUUAUGGCUUGCAAUUUCAUUGUUGCCGCAAAGGUCAGAAUGUGUUAAAAACAUUAUUUUCUUUGCAAAAAUAAAUCCAUGUUGUCGUUAAA